AUGCGGGGACUCUUUUCAGCUCUCGCAGUGUCCGUCCUGAUCCUCGACGUCUCUGCCGCCGUAAAGCACUCACAUCUUCGCGACGUAUCGCGCAGAGGCCAAGAAAAGGCCAAGAAGGCGGUGCGUGAGGCUACAUAUGAGAAAUUGAGCGCACGUCGAACAAACACUUCCACGCCUGCCACUUCUCAAUUCCUCACCAGCACUACAGCCAAGUACAAGGUCGACUCGCUGCCCGAUGUCAACUUUGACAUUGGUGAGAUGUACUCCGGAUUGAUCCCAAUCGAUGAGAAGAACGCCUCUAGAGCGCUGUUCUUCAUGUUCAAUCCAACCAUUGGAAAACCCGUCGACGAAAUCACCAUUUGGUUGAAUGGUGGACCCGGUUGCAGUUCCUUGGAGGGCUUUUUCCAAGAAAACGGCAGGUUCCUAUGGCAGCCGGGAACAUUUGCGCCUGUGGAGAACCCAUACUCAUGGGUGAACUUGACAAACAUGCUAUGGGUUGAGCAACCCGUCGGCACAGGCUUUUCAAUUGGCGAAGUCACCGCCACGACCGAGGAGGAGAUUGCCCAAGACUUUAUCAAGUUCUUCAAGAACUGGGAGAAGACCUUUGGGAUCAAGAACUACAAGAUAUACGUGACUGGCGAAAGCUAUGCGGGCCGCUACGUUCCAUACAUUUCUGCGGCGAUGUUGGACCAGAAGGACAAGGAGUACUAUGACCUCUCGGGAGCUCUAGUCUAUGACCCUUGCAUCGGCCAAUUCGACUACACACAGGAGGAGGUCGCUGCCGUACCCUUCGUCAUGGAGAACCAAGCCCUCUUUCAGUUCAAUGCCUCGUUCCUCGCCCAACUCGAAAGUCUCGACAAGUCCUGCGGAUACGCCGACCUCCGAGAAAAGUACCUCACAUUCCCACCUCCCGGAAACCAGCCACCCGUAUUCUUCAACUACACCAGCGAAGCCAACUGCGAUGUCUUCGACAUGAUCGAUGAUGCCGCCUUGACAAACAACCCCUGCUUCGACAUCUACGAAGUCAACCAGCAAUGCCCCCUCCUCUGGGACGUCCUCUCCUUCCCCACCCAACUCGUCUACACCCCCGAAGGCGCUUCCACCUACUUCAACCGCUCGGACGUCAAAGCCGCCAUCCACGCGCCCGCAUACGUUGACUGGGCCGAAUGCGCCGUCAACCCUGUCAUCGUUGGUGGUGCCGAAGUCAACGGCUACUACACCGGCGGUCCCGAAGGCGAAGGCGACCUCUCGGCCGAUCCAAUCCAGCACGUCCUCCCCCAGGUGAUCGAAGCCACGAAUCGCGUGCUCGUCGGGAACGGAGACUUCGACAUGAUCAUCAUCACGAACGGCACCCUCAUGUCCAUUCAGAACAUGACCUGGAAUGGCAAGCUGGGCUUCCAAAGCCAGCCAGCUACACCAAUCGUUAUCACGGAGCCGGAUUUGCAAUACGAGGCUGUGUUCGCGGCAAAUGGGGCCGCGGGCCUUGAUGGGCCACAGGGAACAAUGGGUGUGCAGCAUUACGAGCGUGGGUUGAUGUGGGCGGAGACCUUUUUGAGUGGGCAUAUGCAGCCAGAGUUCCAGCCGAGAGUGACGUAUCGGCAUCUGGAAUGGGUGUUGGGAAGGAUAAAUGCGCUUUGA